CAGAAGACUUGCAGUCGUGCUUCUGAAGAGAGACAUUGCACUGUGAGGCGGAGGUUCCUGUAGCCAGAUGUGAGAGAAUUCCGGGAAAGAACAGCAGAGAGCCGUGCUGAAGGGAGAAGCCGAGACCUCUGAAUUUAGACAUCAUGGGCUCUGGUCAGUCACAACAGGAAUGGGAACUGGAACCAGGAGGCCUGAUUAAGAUUCCCCAGGAUGUUUUCAAGCACUGGGCUGUCUACAUAGGUGAUGGAGAUGUGGUCCAUGUGUCUUCAGCGGAUAGUGCCGAAGGAUUCUCCCUGGUGAAGAAAGAGAGGCUGAAGGAUGUGAUGGGAAAACACAAAGCCUGGAUCAACAACUCAUGGGAUGCCAAAUGGAAACCCAGAGAUCCAAAAGACAUUGUCCGUGAUUCAAAUGUCGCAGUUGGGAAGAAUGUCAGCUAUGACCCUAUCACCAAGUACAGUUGGCAUUUCACCAAAGAGCUGUGUUAUGCCAUCCCUCGGAGCUCUCAGGAACCAGAAUGGGAACCAGAAUGGGAACCGGAACCGGAAAGGGAGCCGGAAAGGGAACCAGAGUGGGAAUCAGAACUGGAACCUGAAUGGGAACCUGAACUGGAACCAGAGUGGGAAUCAGACCUGGAACCAGAACCAGGAGACCUGAUUGAGAUUUCCCGGGGCAUUUUCAAGCACUGGGCUGUCUAUGUAGGUGAUGGAGAUGUGGUCCACGUGAGUGCACAGGAUAGAGGAGUCUCUGCCUCUUGUUCUCCGUCUGUUAUUUCCAGGAAUGCCGUGGUGAAGAGAGAGCAGCUGAAGAUUGUGAAGGGAAAACACAAGGCCCGGAUCAACAACUCAAAGGACAAAAAAUGGAAACCCAGCGAUCCAAAAUACAUUGUCCACGAAGCAAAUGCAGCAGUCGGGGAGGAAUUCGCCUACAACCUUUUCACAAGGAACUGUGAGCAUUUUGCCACCUGGCUGCGUUACCGCAUCGCUGUCAGCUCGCAGGUCACAAACCUAAUGACCUACUUAGCGUCGCUGGUAUGGCCAUCCAUAGUAUAUUUCAGCUAUCUCUAUGGAAAACUGUCCAAAAAAUUUUAAUUAUUCAGUCUGAAAUAAUGUAUGAACCAAUCAAGAAUCCAAGGCCCACUGUUAAUCUCCGCCCCCCCCCCACAGCAUUCUAUUUUUUUUAAUGAGCAGUUAAUUAUACCCUUAUUGCAUGAUCUCUGGUCAAUACACACACACACAAAGUUACAAUAACCAAAAUCAAAGUAGAUAUCGUUCUAAAUUAAACAGUUGAACUGACUCCAAAAUGAUCAAUGUCAGGUAGACAUUGUUCUCCCACUUUUCAGCAACAUGAACAAAUCUCGCUACCUGAGUGAUUUCAAAAAUAUUAUCAUCCUGCAACAGAAAUUAUAAUCUACUAAGAUGAUCAAGGAACACAUUGGCCUGUAUACCAUAAAAAGAAAAAGAGGGAGAUCUAUCCGUGUACACAGAAAGGAACUGACCCUUUAAAAGGUAAUGCAGCAUAUCAUCCU